ACAACGACAACGACAACGACAACGACAUUGACAACGAAGACAACGGUGGUGGUAGCAGAAGCAGUAGCAACGAACGAUAGCGGGACAGCUGCGAUCGAAGGACAUGAAUAGGUGUGAGAGAGAAGGAGAUAGAAAUAAGAGUGUUCUCAGGAAGGCAAAAGGGAGAAGGCCAUAAACAUACAAGAUUGGAACGUUUCUACACUACUUCUAUAUCCUUUGUGUCUGGAUCGGAUGAAGGGAAACAUGUUAUUAAACGGUCAGACUGCAAUCAUCAAGUUCCUUCCAAAAUAUUAUCUUUACUAUCUCGGUUGUAUUCGAACGAAACGAUAAGAAGAAAAAAAAAAAAAAAAAAAAAGCUUAGCUAAUAAGACAUUUUCGCGCCGUACGCAACCGACGCGAUCUCUCUCUCUCUCUCUCUCUCUCUCUCUCUCUCUCUCUCUCUCUCUCUCUCUCAUAUCUCUUUCUGUUGUGUGUGUAUGUCACACAACGAAUAAGAUUAAUGUUAACUUGGCGUACCCUUCACAGCAAUCCUUUUCUUUCUUUCUUUCUUUCUUUCUUUCUAUUUUUCUUUCUUCCUUUCUUUUUUUUUUUUUUAUCUUCUUUUUUAUAUCGAUAAAGACCUUCUACCGUUACGGUUAUCUCUCGCGAGCUACGAAUUUUCAUUCUUUCUCUUCUUCUUUUUUCCCGCGAAAAACUGAUGCGCUUAGAUUUAGAUUGCACGCGUUAAGCCCUCGAAGAGAAAUUCAUCGAAGUCAAGGUUAUAUGCGUGCGUCUCUUUCCCCGAUGUGUAUUGUCAAAAUCAGCUGCCAUUACUAUAGCGUGUUGUACGUACGUACGGAUCUGUACUCUUGUCGUCGUGUGAGCGUCGUGUUUCUUUUAUUUUACGAUAUGUGUUCACACUGUGCUGUGUCCCCCGAUUGAAGAAGAGAAAUCAAAGCGUACAAGCAUAGAAUAAAACAAAGGAAAUAUUAAGAUUGAUUAUUCCUAUCUUCUCUUUGCUUAAGGGAUAAGCAAGCAGGUGAUAUUUUAAGAAAGAUUUACAGUUCUUAAAGGGAGUGUAAGCAACGAUUAAACGUAACAGUGGUAAAUGCGGUGGUUGAAGGAGAGAUGGACCCAUCAAUGUUUGUUACUUACACCCCUCAAACGAAUGGAGUUCCAUUGGAAUCCAAACUUGCUACCUACAUGAAUCGUCAAAGUCCUGGGACAACACUGAAUACUACUGCGGUAACAAAACAUCUGUCCAAUCUUUCUCUCGAUUCGCAAAAGAAAGUAACUGCCAGUCCAGAAUUUGUACCAGGAAGAGGUCUAACUGGUAGCAACAGCAGUUCUCCUAAUCUUUUCAAUAACUCCUAUCACUCCCAAGAGAAUGUAGGUGGUACAACUUAUUUUUAUCUUGGCAAUGCUGCCACAGAUGCUGUUGGAGGGGAAGAAGGAACGGAUGGUAUCGCUACCAUGGGAACGGCUCAAGCAGGCUACGUAUAUCCAGGUACACCAGCUCAUUUGCAACCUGUGAAGCCAUCGAAGACUUCUUCAUCGAGUAGCUCCUCUGCCCCUUCCACACCCCCGCCACAAGCAGCUCCUAGCUUUUUUAUCAGUGAAAGUAUAAGGAUGGACAUACUUCAAAAAAAUGCAUUAGUAUUAGCUCAACCUGACGUGGUGAGAUUUCCUGACCUGCCAAAUGAAGUAGACAAUUAUCACGAGUUAUGCCCAUUGGAACCUAUUCAUAAACCAACUUCUACGGUACUUGGAUAUCAAACUUCAACGUACAAAGCAACAAGUAUAAAAAGCGGUACACGUUAUUGCUUACGUCGUGUUCAUGAUUUCAGACUCGCAAAUACCAAGUGUAUGGUUUUGGUUGAUAUGUGGAAGCGAUUAGCGCACACUAAUUUAGUUCAAUUAAGAGAGGUCUUUACUACAAAGGCCUUUGGCGAUCAUUCCAUGGUGUUCGUAUAUGAUUAUCAUCCUGGAUCCGAGACGUUAUUAAACAAACAUUUUUCUUCGACCGAAUUGAACGGCUAUACCGAUCCAUUUUCUUCGGAUCCCAAUGCUCCACGACCGUACAGUCAUACAAAAAAUACUAUUCUUAGACAACAACAUAGUAGUAUGCUUCCUGAAAGCGUUAUAUGGAGUUAUAUCAUACAACUUACUGCCGCACUUCGUGUCAUUCACGCUGCUGGCUUGGCAUACAGGUGUUUGGAUCCCACCAAAGUAUUACUAACGUCACGUACACGGCUUCGUUUGAGUUGCGUCGCUAUACCGGACGUUGUUACAUUCGAUGGAACAGCAACAAAUCCACUUACACUCAUACCUCAUUAUCAGCAAGAGGAUUUAAUAGCACUAGGAAAGUUGGUAUUGGCUUUAGCAUGUCGCAGUCUUCUCGCCGUCCAUCGCGACAAUAUGCAGGCCUCUCUCGAGCUCGUCGCACGUUCCUACUCAACCGAUCUUCGAAAUCUCAUAUUGUAUCUGCUUUCGAAUCAAGCUCGAAGAAGUGUAACAGAUCUCAUGCCAAUGAUCGGAGCACGCUUUUAUACUCAAUUAGAUGCUGCUCAACUUAGGUCUGAUGUACUUGAGAAUGAACUUGCCAAGGAGUUAGAAAAUGGAAGAUUAUUUAAGCUACUGGUUAAAUUAGCUACCAUCAAUGAAAGACCAGAAUUGAAUAUGGAACCUACUUGGGCAGAAACUGGUGAUAGAUAUAUGCUCAAAUUAUUUAGGGAUUAUGUUUUCCAUCAAGUAGCUGCCGAUGGAAGACCCUGGUUAGACAUGGCACACGUUGUGUCUUGCUUAAACAAGCUUGACUCCGGAUCUCAUGAUAAGAUAUGUUUGAUGUCACGGGAUGAACAAAGUGUAUUAGUUGUAAGUUACGCAGAAUUACGACAAUGUUUGGAAACUUCGUUUGGGGAAUUGGUACAAUCUACAAAAGAUGCUGUCUAGGUCAAUGAUUUUUUCUUAUUGGCCAGAUACAUACUCCGAACCAUAAAUGUGAUAUCACCAUUUAGCGGUACUAUCAUUUUAAACUUUAUAAAUAUAUUUAAGAGAGUGUGCGAAUACGAAAGAGUUCAUGUGACGAUAUAAAAGAAUGCUCCAGUUCGUAAACAUGAUUUCAAAAGUCAAAUCAGUAGACAAAUACUACUUUUCAAUUACACUUGCAUGUAAUAUACAUAAGCGAAGGAAUCAUGUGAUGAAAUGUAAAUCGGUAAAGGUUUGAAUUUGCUGUGGAAUCCAUUAUGGUACUAUACAAAAGUGUACACACAACUUAAUAACGCAAUGAAGUCUUAAGAAAUCUUAAGGAAACACCUAAAACACUGUCGGUGUAUAGGUUAGAGAUCUUAGUCUUUAGGAUACAGCUGGUAAGCAUUAAUUUUGAAAUAAAUGUUUAUUUUUGAAAGCAAUCUUAA